AUGGCACUUGAUGAAUCCAUGGUUACUGGUUUGACCGGCUCUAAGAUGAGCAGCUCGGAGAUUGACUCGAAGAUUGAUCUCUUAGACAGUCAUGAUGUUGUCGAACGAAAAAUUCUUGGUGCUGCUUGUUCACGACAGGAAACUGACAAUGGAGUUUUGGCCUUUUUCAACUAUGUGCUGAUCCCUAUUGUCAGCCCUAACUCUCUCGUUAUUGCCGACAAAGAGUUUUUCACUUACGACGAAAUCAAAGAGUCAUUUUUAAGUGGUACAUUAUCCGCUGAAGAUUUGAAGAAGACUCUAAUUGAAUUUUUAAAUGAGUUAUUGGCAAAGGUGCAAGAUCACUGCAAAUCCGAUGUUGUGCGCGAUGCCCUUGAAAAGGGUUAUAAAGAAGUGAAUGAAAAUACGGCUGAGCCGAAGCAGCAUCCAGUUGUGCAAUUGAUUGGGGAUGACGACACCGCUUUGCGGUCGUGUAUAGCAAAUGGCAGAGCAAUUCGUGUGACGUUCACCAUCCAUCCCAAAGGACGCUUUCAUCUUGGUUUCCUCAUGGGAUUGCUGAAAAUGAAGUCAUUAAUCGAAAGAGGGAUUAACAUCGAAGGAAUCGUUCUAAUUUCCGACAUGGAAGCCUUCCUGGAUAACGAGAAGGUGUCUUGGAACGCUCGAGACGGUCGGAGUGAGUACUUCUAUCAGAUUUGCUCCUUCUUCAUCGAGCACCUUGGUUUGAAAAAUAGCGUCAGGGCUAUGAAAUCCGCUGACAUCGACUCCAUUUUUUCAAAAGAUUAUGUGCUAAAUAUGUACAAAAUGGCCUCAGCCGUUACUCGCGACGAGACGACCGUUUGUGAAGGAACGUCUUUGUCUGGCAAUUUGGUUCCGCUAUUUUACGCUCUCAAUCAUCAGUUACUCGGAACUGACCUCGCUAUUAUGGGUGAAGAUUCAAUCAAGAUUGCUAAUCUUGCGGUUAAGUUGUGGUCCCGAAUGAGGGUACAACCUCCAACACAAGUAGCAUUUUCGCUGCUACCGGGAUGUGAUGGAAAGAAAAUGUCAUGUUCAAAUCCCGACUUCCUUUUGGAGGCAUUUGACACACCAAAGCAAGUGAAAGUCAAGGUGGCACGGUCUUUCUGUGAGCCGCAGAACUUGAAUGGAAACGUUGCCAUGAUGCUAUCCCAACAGUUCAUUUUCCCGCUCCUUGGCUGGAUCAAGAGUCCAGAAAAUGGCGGGAAUGUAAGUGUGACAUCAUACGAAGAACUGGAGCACGAAUUUAUGCGGGGUUCAAAUCCGGAUUUCCCUCUUCAUCCUGGUGAUUUGAAGAAUGCUGUUGUAGGAUUCAUUAAUAGAUUCUUCGAUCCUGUUCGAGAACGAUUCGCCUCCAGCCAAGCUUCGUUGAUAGCUGCCGCUUUUCCCAGUGCUAAGAAAGGGAAGAAAUAA